AAAAGCGAGACAGGUCAAAAGAAGAAGAAGAAGGAGGUUUGUUAUGGGAACGACUCCUGAUAACAACUACCACUGACGGGGCUCUAGAGGCUGUGGGAACGACUCCUGAUAACAACUACCACUGACGGGGCUCUAGAGGCUGUGGGAACGACUCCUGAUAACAACUACCACUGACGGGGCUCUAGAGGCUGUGGGAACGACUCCUGAUAACAACUACCACUGACGGGGCUCUAGAGGCUGUGGGAACGACUCCUGAUAACAACUACCACUGACGGGGCUCUAGAGGCUGUGGGAACGACUCCUGAUAACAACUACCACUGACGGGGCUCUAGAGGCUGUGGGAACGACUCCUGAUAACAACUACCACUGACGGGGCUCUAGAGGCUGUGGGCCCACAGCCUAACUAGCCCCAUAAAACACCCACGAAGAAGAAGAAGAAGGGCCCACAGCCUAACUAGCCCCAUAAAACACCCACGAAGAAGUAUAAAUCUUCCUCCAAGAACAUCAUGGCAGCAAUGUUUACUUCUCCAUGCAGAGUGCUCUCUUCCAUCAGACUUGCAAGAUGCAUUUGUAACACCUCUGUUUCUUUCACAGGUAAAGGAAUUCGAGGUUCUGUAAAGGGCCUUGGCUUACGAGAGAAGGAACUGCAGGAGCUGGAAGCAGAAGACUUGGAGAACAUGACUGAGGCCUCUCUUGACAGCUUCAAUCAGGAGGCUGCCAACAUUGAAGGAGAUGUCAAGAGAUAUCAAAAUCAUGUACGUCAAAAAACUAUUCAACGCAAGUAUUUCAAAUCUCGGGGUCUUGAGGAGGAGAACCUGUUGACGUGGUCCAUGAAGGAACAACUUAAAUACCUCCAUUCCACUGAUCCUGAUCGGUGGACACCUGAAGUUCUCUCAGAUUCCUUUCCCAUUUCUCCUGAAGGUGUUGCGGUACAACCCAGUACAAGUGAUAAUCCUGACAAUGCUGACAUACUAACACCUGUUAAAGAGCAGGUGCAGGAUCUAGCCACAAAGCCAGAAGAGGGACCCACACAGCCGAGACUUAAAGUGUAUCCUAAAUUACAGUCCGGUUCUCAGACCAGGUCUUUCCAAUAUGAGUGGUAUAAAAGGUAUGAGUGGCUGGAAUACUCUGUGACUAAUGACCGAGUUUAUUGUUUUCCAUGUAGACUUUUUGGCGGUAGUGUUGGUCACAAAGAAGUAACAUUCACCAACGAUGGCUUUAGAGUCUGGAAAAAGAUGCAUGAAAAAGCAUUAAAGCAUGGAGAAUCCACGUAUCAUAUAAAUGCAAUGCAAAAGUGGAUCAACUUCAAGAGUUCACAGCAGCAUGGUAACAUUCAUCAGAAACUUGAUAGCCAACACAAACAGCAGGUUCUGGAUAACAGAGACUAUGUUAAAACACUCUUAAACAUUGUCAUUACAGCAGCUAAAUCUAAUAUGGCAUUCAGGGGUCAUGAUGAAUCUGAAAAUUCAUUAAAUAAGGGUAUCUUUCUAGAGAUAUUUGAUUUGUUAAAAAGGGAGUCAGAAAAGUUUCAAAAAUUGGUAAAAAGAUUCCAAACAAUGCCAAAUAUACUUCAGGGGUCAGCCAGAAUUCUCUUUUGCAAGCUGUUGCUGAGUGUGUAA